AUGCGAAAAGAGCUGUUCAUGCGUAUAGCUAACGAUAUCGCUUCUUUCUCCCCAGUUGGUGAUGAGCCUGUGCCUCAUCAUUUUGUUGAGUUUCGAAACCAGCGUGUAGAUGCACGAGGUAAACUCGGUUUUUCUACAAUUCAAAAGUGUACAUCUGCGAUACGUCAGCUGGAGUAUGGCAAUGUGGCCGAUUCACUUGAUGAGUAUCUACAAAUGGGUGAACAAACUUCCAAAGAUGCGCUUGAUGCUUUUUGUAAGUGUGUGUUUGACCUUAACAUGGAAGAGUAUUUACGAAGACCAACAACAGAUGAUAUACAACGUCUCUACCAGAAACACGCAGAACUUCAUGGUUUUCCAGGGAUGCUUGGGAGCAUCAACUGUAUGCAUUGGCCCUGGAAAAGGUGUCCAAAAGCAUGGCAAGGCCAGUUCACUCGAGGUUCGAACAAUGACAUAAACGUACUCAAUCAAUCACAUUUGUUUAGGGAAAUCGUUGAGGAUAUGGCUUCGGAUACUUCAUUUACGGUUAACGGAACAGAUUAUCAGAAGGGGUACUAUCUAGCCGACGGUAUUUAUCCUGAGUGGGCGACAUUUGUCAAGGCCUUUUCAUGCCCACAAGACCUGAAGAAGAAAAAAUUCAAGAAGUAUCAAUAA